UAAACUCCACCAAUAAUAAAUAACUUGACGUUUUCUUUCUUUUCUUGUCUUGGCUCCUCCUCUUGAAACAUAAGAUUUUUUAUGUGUCGUUUCUCAUUGUUUCAUGUCUCUGCGUCGUUUUCCCCCUACAUACAACGUAGUCCUUGUUUCUUACCUUCUUCUUCUUGUUUCUGCGUUUUUAAUAAUGCUUUCAAGGUGCCUACGCUGUAGCUCAAGCCAAUUUUAUCUUAUUUUAAAAACAAAGAGGCUGCUAUGGAUGGAUGAGUGUGAAGGUGAGGGUGAGGGUGAGGGUGAUAGAUCCAUUUAACUUUAAGGGAGCACAACAACUAGGGUUUCACUCGCUACUCAUGCCUGCCAAUAAGAGGUUACUAACGUUGUAGUUGUGGUUUACAUAUUGCUUUAGGUUGUUUUUGUUUUCUUAGUGCUAAUUGUGUGGUUCUCGUUCAAUGGUUUUGUUACCGACAGAGAGAGUUAGAUAUUGCGCUGUUUGGUGGGUGGAAAAGCAUCAUUUUCAUUUUGGAGCUGUUUUUUUGUGAGAACAUGUACUUUUGGUGUUUGGAGAGCAAUAUGACUGUUUUCUUCUGAAAGUUUUUCACCGAACGUUGAGAAGAGGUUUUGUCAUGAGCAACUUAAGGCCUGAGUCUCAUGUAGCACAGCAAAUUCGGCGUGAGAAAUUGAGAAUCCACAACAGUUCUCAGCAUCUACACGAAUUCCCUAACAAUCUUGAACAGUUAUCGUUACACCCGGGGUUUAACAUGGACCUUCUUCAAGUUAGGAAUGUUAGAAACGCCAACAACAUGCUUGAUGAAGCACCUGUUUAUUCACCAGAAACGCCAAGGAACGCGUUGGAGUAUCAUCAUCAGGAACUAGGUGCAGCUGAACCGAGUAAUAGGCCGAUGAUGAAUCAGUAUGGUUCAUUUCCCCAUUCCAUGUCUGCAAUUCAUUCUUCCCAUAAAGAACAGUGUGAGCUUCGUAAUUUGGGAAAUUGGAGGAACAGUGCCCCCCAUCAAGGAUCUGAUUGGUUUGUAAACUAUGCAAGCAAUGCCAACCCUUUCUUGUCUUCUGAGCUCAACAAUGUGUCAUCUUACAAUGAACUCAUGGAUGUACAGUGUAGCAAUGCUUCUGAUGAAAUACGGGGUAGAGAAAUUCAAAAGCAAUUAGGUGUACUGCAUAAUAAUAAUCCUCCGUCAUCCUCACUUUAUCAGAAUGCUUUGCAAGAUAUUGUGAAGUCAGCUUCUGUCAGUUCCCACAGACAUGACAUGCCUUCACUUAUGCAACAAAAUGACUACAACAUUUGGGUGGGGAAUGCUAGUGAAGUUGAGCUUCAACCAAGUUACGAAAAUCAGCCAAAUCAGUUGCGUUUUGGGUGGACUAAUCGAACACUUGCUAAUACCCUUAGUGAUCCACUUCCUCAGAGCUUAUCCUUGUCGCUUUCAUCGAACACACAACCUAAACCUGUUUCUCAGCUUGAACAAGGGUCUGCAUCAGAGGAUCUUCAAUCUGGAUCUGGCAUUUCUAAGUAUGUGAAAUCAAUUGUCAAGCCGUCUAUAGUUUCCAGAGAUAAUGGGAAAUCACUUCAAGACACGGUGGGGAUGCCUUCAAGGACCAUUAGUUAUCGAAAUGUGGGACCCCUUGGCCCUUUCACUGGGUAUGCUACUAUUCUUAAGAGUUCAAGGUUCUUAAAGUCUGCACAACAGUUGUUAGAUGAGAUUUGCUGUCUAUCUGGUGCAAAAUUUGCAAAAGUUUAUGAUGUUUCUGAGAGGGUGUCUUCUGAAGUUAGUGCUUCUACUUCUUCUGAUACUGUUACUGUUAAGGAAACUGGGGUUGUUGCAAAAGGUAGUAGUUCAGGUUCUUCAUCAUCAAUGUUGUAUAAUAUUUCAAAGGAAAAUAGUGCUGAUCGGGGAGUUGGAAGUAGCUUUGGUCUUUCUUCACGGCCAGAUUAUCAACAGAAGAAAGCUAAGCUUUUGUACAUGCAAGAGGAGGUUACAAGGCAAUGCAAGCAGUACCAUCUACAAAUGCAAAUGGUAGUUUCAUCGUUCGAGUCAGUUGCAGGUCUUAGUUCUGCUACUCCUUACAUCCCCAUGGCUCUGAAGUCAGUAUCAAAACACUUCAAGUGCCUAAAAAACUCCAUCUCAGAUGAGCUGAAACUAAUAAGCGAAGCCUUGGGAGAAGAUUUGUCAAUACCUAGAACUAGUACUUGUAGUAAAGCUGAUACUUCUACUAUGGGAAGGAUAAGAUGCAUGGACCAAAGCUUUUUGAAGAACAAAUCUGGCAGGGACCUUAUUGAACCCCAACAUGUGUGGAGGCCCCAGAGAGGGUUGCCAGAGCGUGCAGUGGCAAUUCUUAAAGCCUGGUUAUUUGAGCAUUUUCUUCAUCCUUACCCUACGGACACUGAUAAACACUUGCUGGCUAGUCAAACAGGUCUUUCACGAAACCAGGUAUCAAAUUGGUUCAUAAAUGCUCGAGUCCGAGUGUGGAAGCCAAUGGUUGAGGAAAUACACAUGCUUGAAACAAAAGGGACAUCCUCGAAGGAGAUGUGUGGUAAAAAUGAGGGAACUUCUUCUGGCACUGAAGGUGAUACAAGACAACCUAGACUGGACAAACCUUUGAGCAAUGUUGGAAUGAAUACAAUACCUGAAAACCAAUUUCAUAGUAUGGAGACGGGUUCAUCCAAUGCUGAGGAAAGUGGGUUCAAUUCAGAAGAAUGGAGUCAAGAGAAGCGGUCUAAAUUAGAAUGCCACAUGAGUUCAAACAUGGAUGAUACAUUGAUGGGUUUUGUUCCAUAUCGACGAGGUGGGCUUGGGUCCGUGUCACUGACAUUGGGUCUUAGGCAUGGCGUUGAAGGAGGACAACACCAACAAUUGCAUGACCUUGAAGGGCACAUGAUGCAUGGCUUUGUGGGCUGAUUGCAACAACUUUGUCAUGGCAAAAUGAAUAUGGACACACUCUGAUACUGUGUCACAUGCCAUUUAAUUUGGUUGAGAAUGUUUAUAACAACUUUGCUUCAGCCUGUGAAAAUCUGAACUCAAACUGAGUGACAUACUUUCACACUAUUGAAGAUAUAACACUGUUCAAAGAGGGCAUUAUUACAACCAAAUGAAAAGGAUAGGGUGUGAGGUGGGUUUCUUUUCUUUGGGUUAAGUGUCCAUUUAUCUACAUCAGUUUUUAUUAACUUGAUGUGAUCCUGAGCAUGGUAAAAUUAAGGUUCAGGUUGUAAGUUUUAUGAAAAUGUAUUUAUGUUUAUGAUGGGAAAAUUUCCUUCUAGAUUUCCUACAAAACGGUGAAUAAAUAAGUAAUGGAUAAAGCAUUGUUUCAUCA